CUCUCCCCCCGCCCAUCCAAUUUCUUGCUCGGUCGCAGCCACCAUGGAAGCGGCUGGGAUGCAGGGCAGGAGGAGGAGGAGGAGGAGGAGGAAGGCCAGAGCAGGUGAAGUGGACUCCCCCAAGAAGGAAAUGAAGGAAGAGGAGGAAGAAGAGGGAGAGGAGGAGGAGGUGGAGGAGGAGGAGGAAGAAGAGGAGCAGAAGGAAGACGGGGAGGAGAAGGACAUGGAGGAAGAGGAGAACGUGGCCAAAGAAGAACCGAAGAGCUCGGUGGAGGAUGGGAAAACGUCGGAUCAAGAUUCGGAGCACAACCUCCAGGCUCAGGUCCUGCAGCUUCUGGACGAGCUGGAAGAAACCCGGGGGAUGGUCCUCAAACAUGAGGAAGACGCCAUGGAGUUGCAAGGAUUCCUGGAAGAUGAGCGUCUGGCCAGCGCGCAGCAGGCGGAGACCUUCACAAAGCAGAUCCAGACUUUGUACGCCCAGAUGCGUUUGCGGAAGGACGAGUUCGAUUCCCUACAAGCCACAAAAGACAUGGAGCUGGAGCAGGUGGCCCAGGAACUUCAGGAUGCCCACCAGGAGAUCCACAGCCUGCGCCUGGAGGCCGAGGAGGUGGCCGCCGUGCACGAGAACGAGAUCGCCAGCUUACAAGAGGAGCUUUGCCGGCUGAAAGCCGAGCUGGAACGGGUCCAACAGACCCACAAGGAAUACGAAAUGGAGGUCACCGCCCUGCGUGCCGAAAUCCGGAUGAGGCAGGAAUCGGCUCCCGAAAGCAGCGCUGUCGUGGGGGGAGACACCCUCCAGGAGCCACGGCCGCCCAGCCCGUCUCAGGAAGUAGCUCGGCUCAAAGAUGAGCUGGAAACGGUGCAAAUCCAAUACGCGGAUCUGAGAGAAGAGUUCCAGAUCUUGCAGGCUAGCAACAAGCUCAUGGUCCACCAGCUGGAGAAGCUUGAAACCAUGAAAUACAACAAGUACCGAAGCAAGGUGGAGGACACCCCAUCUCUGGAGUCCAUUGCUCAAUGGCCCACGGAUCGCCGCUACUCCCUCAUGAAGCAGCCCUCCAACCAGAAGGGCAGCUGUGUCUCCUUCUGGUCAGUCGAAAUUGUCGGUGUGGCAAGCGACUACAACGAGGAGGAGAGGAUGGAGAAGGUGGAAGAGGAGAAUGAGGUGGACCUCCUGUAUCAGCUGGCCACGGAGGAGGAGACGGUGGAGAAGGUCCAGACCCAGGGCAACAUGUCCCAGUGCAUUCUGGCUGAGAUGGAGAAUGAGGACCAGCAUGGCUCCCAAGAGCUAGAUGUUAGGAGACGACCGAGAAGGAGGAGAGACUCUGAUGCCCGUAAGGGCAUUAUAGCCCAGUUGAACCUGCCAGAAAUGGACAGAGAGGAACAUCCGUCCAACCAAGAACUGAUCAGUAAGAGAAGAUCGAGGAGGAGAGAAUCCUUGAGAGAAGGGAAAGAAGAUGACCUUAAGAAUUGGAGGGAGAAGGGAAAGAAUAAAGAGUUUCUUCUUCUUGACCCAGAACUGAACGAAAGUCCAGGGAGGCAAGGGCAGCAUCACCGAGCACAGCAAGACCUGCGCGAACUGGAAGACAGGUACCGCCACAGCCAGGAGGAGUGGGAGCAGCUUCAGGAGGACCUCCGCCUGUGCAAGGAGGAGAUUGAAAGGCUGAACGGCAACAUCCCGACAGGAGGACGGGUCUCUCCCCCCCCCAGCUCUCCCACCAUCUCCCUCCCUCUCAUAGGACUGAUUGUCAUAGUGGCCCUGCUCUGGUGCUGGUGGGCUGAGACCUCGUCCUAAAAGCCAACCAGGUCCCCGCCGGAGGGAUGAAGCCUUUUGGCCUGUUUGCCAUCUGUGCAGGAGGUUUAAUGUUGUAUUCCUGCCUGAAGAAAUCCAGCAGCAGUGGAUCGCUGACUUGAGAACCCCUCCCAGCCUCCUGGUGGAGAGGAUCACACUUGCCACGCACCCUGUCCCCCGUCCCAACUUGGCAACAAGCACCACCACACCCAACCCAACUUCUCAAAGGAGCUUCUGGAUCCGGCCCCCGGGACUUCUCGGAAGCACCAGCUCAUCUCUUCGGCCAGUACAGGCCCUCGGCUGCCCAUCCUCCCGUACUCUCUUUGAAUCCCCCCUCCCCAGCCUGCACCGUGCUGUGCGUCACAUCCCCCCCAAAAGAGCAACAGGACGAUCUCACAACUAGGCUCCCACGUUGUAUCUGCUCCGACCACUUGGCCUGAAAUGACGGGACAAAAACGCUUCUGGCUGAUCACAUCAGGGCACUGUUUCCGGGAAUCUGAAGCUCCUGUCUUUCCGAAUUGGGGAGAGGGAGCAUCGGGAAUAUCUUGGAGGAGGGGAAACGAGUCAGUGUGUUGGCUAAGCCCGAAUAAAACUCAAGAGCCUUGGUUACCCCUGUUCCCCAACCCUCCCCCUGUGCAGCCUCUCAAUUACCACAGCACUAGCUGAUCCCCAGAUCUGUCCAUUGGGAUACGUCCGACUCCCGCAAUUUAAAUACCGCGUUCGCAAGCAUGAAACCCAGACAGGAUGUUGGGUGGGACGGCUCCCCUUGUUCCAGCAAUAUUAGGGCCUCUUUUAACACUGUGACGCUCCAGAGGAGCUGCGGUCGACCGUUCUAAUUUUUUCUCCAAGAUGCUGCUCAUUUCUGCCCUGCUCAGGAUAGGCACAAUCUAUGCAUUUUGUCCACCGGCCGUUUCCUCUCCUCCAUUUUUGUAGUCUGGCCGUGCUGCUGCUGCACUGGACACAGUAUCGACGGGCUCCUCAGAAGCCCUUCAAUACUGUGUCCGACGCAGCAGCGACGGCCAGACCACAAAUAUACAGGAGAGAGAAAACGGCGGGAUGAGUUUUUGUGAGUGAUCCUUGAUUCUUCAAGCCCAGCGCAAUUGGGUGCGUCGACUCGCCCUCCUCCCCGUGCUUAUUUCCAACCAAGGUUGUCCGCAGGAAACAGGGAAGGUGAUCACGACGGUGUGAUCGAACCUCCGCAGACAAUUUGCCGCAAUCGUACCAUUUCGAUUGUACCGCCGUGACCACCGUCCCUGAUUUCCACAUCGAUGGUAGCAAUGUUGGACACAACAUCACUGGCUGUGUCGUUCUAGUUCAGAGUCUCCCAUCCUCACCCUGCAUGUGGUGUGCAGUCACCUUCUUUUAUGUGUAGCCUUCUCUUGUCCGUUCACAGUUGUUCCCCGCCUCACCUGGGUCUUCUUCCCCACCCCGAAAAGGGGCCCAUUGCAAACCAGCACAAGCCAACCAGCCCCAAAGACUCUGCAGAAUGUUCUCCUCCUUGUCUUCUUGGUUGUAACUCGGUAAAAAAGAGCUUUAUAAAUA